AUGGAUCCACAGGCUCCUUACAUGGGGCUCACAGAUAUCAUGCAAGAAAUCAUGGGACUCACAGAUAUCCUUUGUCGAGAACUGCAACAUAAGUCUCAAGACAUCGUGAAUGGCAUGAACUUAGUCGGUACAACAAAAAGUGCCCUUCAUAAGUUGAGAUUAACUGGUUGGGAAACUUUUAUUAGGAAAGUAUAUUUAUUUUGCAAGAAACAAGACAUUGAUAUGCCUCAUCUGAAUGCUCAAUAUAAAGUCGGAACAAGAUGUUCUUGUCAGCAAAAUGACAAUAUUACAGUUGAGCAUCACUAUCACUUUGACAUAUUCAAUGAUGCAAUAGAUUUUCAUUUGGUUGAGCUGAACAGUGGGUUCAGUGAAGGGGCAAUAGAACUUCUUAUUCUUAGUUCAGCUUUAGACCCUAGUGAUUCUUUUAAAUCAUUUAACAUUGAUAAAAUUUGCAUCCUUGCGGAGAGAUUUUAUCCUCAAGAUUUCACUCCUCAAGAGUUACAAAUUUUGAGAUGCGAGCUGAAACUUUACGAAGCAGAUGUACCUCAUCAUCCUGUACUUCAAAAAGUGUCUAGUCUCUCUGAAUUAUGUCGAUGA